UGGGAGCGCCUCUGGUUCCUCAUCCUCACCUCAUCCUUCUUCCUGACCCUGGUCUGGUUUUACUUCUGGUGGGAAGUUCACAAUGACUACAAUGAAAUCAACUGGUUUUUAUAUAACCGAAUGGGAUAUUGGAGUGACUGGUCCAUUCCAAUACUCGUAACAACUGCUGCUGGCUUCACGUACAUUACAGUGUUACUGAUACUAGCACUAUGUCACAUAGCUGUGGGACAGCAAAUGAACCUGCACUGGCUUCACAAGAUUGGCCUGAUGACAACCCUGAUAACUACAGUGGUGACCAUGUCAUCAAUAGCACAGCUUUGGGACGACGAAUGGGAGAUGGUAUUUAUUUCACUACAGGCCACAGCCCCUUUCUUGCACAUAGGAGCACUUGCAGCAGUCACAGCCCUGUCAUGGUUGAUAGCAGGGCAGUUUGCACGAACAGAGAAAGCCACUUCUCAGAUGCUGAUGUUCACUGCAUACCUCGCAGUUGUAGUUGCACUUUACCUCGUCCCCCUCACCAUCUCGUCCCCUUGCAUAAUGGAGAAGAAGGCUCUGGGACCAAAGCCAGCCAUUAUAGGUCACCGAGGAGCACCAAUGUUGGCCCCAGAAAACACACUGAUGUCCUUCCAGAAAGCAGUGGAGCAGAAGAUAUAUGGAGUACAAGCUGAUGUUGUACUGAGCUAUGAUGGAGUGCCAUUUCUGAUGCAUGACAAGACACUCAGGAGAACAACAAAUGUGGAGGAAAUCUUUCCAGAGCGGGCCUACGAGCACUCCUCCAUGUUCAACUGGACUGACCUGGAAAAGCUUAAUGCUGGGGAGUGGUUCCUGAAGAAUGACCCUUUCUGGACAGCUGGGUCUCUCUCAAGGUCUGACUACUUGGAAGCUGCCAACCAGUCAGUCUGCAAGCUGGCAGAUAUGCUAGAGGUGAUCAAAGACAAUACAUCGCUCAUCCUGAACUUCCAGGACCUGCCACCAGCUCAUCCCUACUACAGCACUUACAUCAACAUCACCCUGGAAACCAUCCUGGCAUCAGGAAUUAGGCAACAGGCUGUGAUGUGGCUGCCGGACACGGAGAGGCAGCUGGUCAGGCAGGUUGCCCCAGGCUUCCAGCAGACUUCUGGCCUCAAGCUGGACGCAGAGCGCAUGAGGGAGAAGGGCAUCGUGAAGCUCAACCUGCGUUACACCAAGGUCACCAAUGAGGAUGUCAGGGACUAUGCCGUGGCAAACCUGAGUGUGAAUCUCUACACUGUGAACGAGCCCUGGCUGUACUCCAUCCUGUGGUGUGCUGGUGUCCAGUCGGUCACCUCCGACAGCUCCCACGUCCUUCGCAAGGUGCCUUUCCCCAUCUGGCUGAUGCCUCCAGACGAGUAUCACCUAAUCUGGAUCACGUCUGAUCUCAUUUCAUUUAUCAUAAUUGUAGGAGUUUUUGUAUUCCAGAACUAUCACAUGAUCAGGUGGCGCCUAGGAAGCAUCAGGACCUACAACCCAGAGCAGAUCAUGCUCAGUGCUGCUGUCCGCCGGUCCAGCCGGGAUGUCAAGAUCAUGAAGGAGAAGUUGAUCUUCUCGGAGAUCAACAACGGCGUGGAGACCACGGACGAGCUGUCUCUCUGCUCUGAGAAUGGCUAUGCCAACGAGAUGGUCACCCCCACGGAUCAUCGGGACACCAAGCUGAGGAUGAGCUGA